GCUUCCUUGGACCGGUACCACCACCACGUCACUAACAGCCUCUAGAUCCAUGUCAUCCCCAUCACGGCCAGUCAACAUUGGCAGCCCACGACAGGGCAAUGUCUUUCAUUCGGGAACACCAACAUCGAUUGGCACACCUGAUCUCCGUGCUUGGCGUGCCCAGUAUACUGGAACACCUCCAGUGCCCAAUAUCCCUACGAGGCAUACACCAGACAGCUUCACUAGUGGCUCUUCGGGUCUGAACUUGCUUCCACAAAGCGAAUUUCUAGGUAGGGCCUAUCGUUUACCUCCUACCGGAAUCAGUCCUGCACGGCCCUCGAGCGCUAGCGCACCUGGAAACAAUUUCGAUUCUGGUGCUCUGGAUUUGGACGCCCCCCAAGAUGAGGACAAGGCCAGGGUUCUUAGGCGUCAUCUUUUGAUGCCAGAGGAGAGACAGAACCGGGGAGACGUGAACUCAAUAUCUGGCUCAGAGCUAGAUGGUCGCGUCUCCAACCACGAUGCCCCAUCUGCAGGUUCCUCUACUCCGCCUGCAACAGCUUUCAGAGAGGAAACCGAGGUAUUUCCUAUACCCUAUGAAGCUCCGGGCGCAGACAUUACCCAUGACAUUUACAAAUGGCACACCGAUCAGCGCCGACAAGCUAUACGGCCUCGUGCCUCCUCUUUCUCAGGCUCUGUGGCACCAUCAAAUCCUGCCUUCGAGCACAUACAUGAGCCUGGAGGUUUCAGACGAAACUAUGUUUUGAUGCACCCCAACGAGCAUGGAGGAGAGGAGCGACGUCCAACUAACAACUUCAUCGACUUUCUCUACAUAUAUGGACAAUUCGCUGGAGAAGACCUUGAGGAGGAGGAGGAAGACAAGGUUGAGGAUGAAGAAGCCACUAUUCGUGCUGGUCCUUCUUCUCAGCUCGAGGUCCACGUAGUAGUUGAUGAAACCCAACCUCUGCUCAAGCCUCGUUCAAGGUCGCGCUCAAGACGGAGAGCCGCAUCUGUCGGUCCUCACGGAGACGCAUCAGUCACACAAGCUGUUCUGAUGCUUCUGAAAGCGUUCGUUGGUACCGGGGUUCUAUUCCUUGGGAAAGCCUUCGCCAAUGGUGGUCUUUUGUUCUCGAUUAUCAUGAUUUCUGUGGUUGCACUCGUCUCCUUAUACUCGUUCCUACUCCUUGUCAAGACCAAGUUUGUUGUCUCUGGAUCUUUCGGAGAUAUCGGCGGCGCUCUAUAUGGUCCCUGGAUGCGCUAUUUGAUAUUAUCUUCGAUUGUGAUCUCCCAGAUUGGGUUCGUUUCUGCAUACACAAUCUUUGUAGCCGAGAAUCUAAAGGCGUUUGUGAUUGCAAUCACUGAUUGCAAGACAGAUUGGCCUGUGCAGUAUUUCAUCCUCAUGCAACUCGUAAUUUUCCUCCCUCUCGCCCUUGUCCGUAAUCUCGCAAAACUCAGCGUAUCUGCCCUCAUUGCGGAUGCGUUUAUCCUCGCUGGGCUGGUGUACAUAUUUAGCAGUGAGAUGUCGUUCAUUGUCGAUCGGGGUAUCGCCGAAGUGCAGAUGUUCAAUCCCAAGGAUUUCCCCUUGUUUGUUGGAACUGCCGUGUUUUCCUUCGAGGGCAUUGGCUUGGUCAUUCCUAUUACUGACGCCAUGCGUGAGCCACGCAAGUUCCCCAAGGUAUUGACAGGCGUCAUGAUUACCUUGCUUUUCCUAUUCGGUGGUGCUGGCGCAUUGUCAUACCUGACUUUUGGUCCAGAUGUCAAGACCGUGGUCUUGGUCAAUCUUGACCAAACAAGCAAACUUACGCAAUCAGUCCAAUUCCUGUACUCGCUCGCCAUCCUCCUUUCUAUUCCCCUCCAGUUCUUCCCCGCCGUGCGAAUUCUCGAGAAUGGGCUCUUCGUGCGAAGCGGAAAGCAGGAUCCUCGGGUGAAAUGGCUCAAGAACCUAUUUCGCUUCGGGCUUGUCGCGGUCUCUACUGUCAUUAGCUGGGCUGGUGCCGCGGACCUGGACAAAUUCGUCUCUCUGAUCGGUAGCUUUGCUUGUGUUCCUUUGUGUUUCGUAUACCCAGCGAUGCUACACUACAAGGCAGUUGCCAAGACGCGUACAGAGAAGAUCGGGGAUAUCAUUCUUGGCGUAUUUGGUAUGGCCGCCAUGAUGUACACCACUGCGCUCACUAUCCGGGUAUCAGUCGUUCUUUCUUUAUGUGUUAUCUGGUACUAAUAUAACGUGUACAGCUGAUGGCAGAGCCUGAACCAC